AUGAGUAAUUCUAUUGCAACUGAUGAACAAUUAGAUUCGAAUGAAACAAAAGAACAUCCUGAUAAAAUCAAUGUUCAACAAGAAAAUGAACUUAUUUACCUAGAAGAAAAACAAGGCGUCAUCGUUUUAGAGGAAGGUAAAGCUUUUGCAUCUGAUUGGAAUCGUUAUAAUACUAACCUUGAAGCGUCCACGUCGACAACUAGUCAGAGUGACAGCAUCUUCGUCGUCAGUUUCGUCGGUGAUACUGCAAGUGGUAAAAGCUUUCUCGCAAGCCAUCUUCCUGGUAUCGAAUCCUUCACCUUCGACGAAAGCGAACAUGAAGGCCCAACAACAGCAAAUGUAAUUCGUCUUGAAUCUACUUCAAUACUCAAUACAGAACGAAAGAAUAACUGCUUGGUUCUUGAUAUUGAAGGAGAAAAUGGUAAUUCGCAUCCACGUAUUUUAAAAUGUUGGGCCAACUAUAUGUUGCCAUCAGAAGCAGCCAAGAAGCGACGCAAUGCAGUAGGAAAAUAUUUUCCAAGAUUGGCUUAUCUUUUGAGUAAUGUCAUCAUCUUAGUGGGUCAAGACGACCUAUUUUCCAAUUCUCGAUAUGUAGAUCGAGCUUAUCAGUUUGCUGUCCAAGCUGUUGCUGAUACACAACAAAAUGCUCAUAAACCAGUGCUUAUUAUGAUUCAGAAUAGAUAUCCAGGUCCAAAGCGAUUGUCGUCAGAGGAAGCUACUCAAAAAUUCUUGAGCACCAAUCCUGAUGCUCCUAAUCUCUGGAUGUUCUUUUUAAAUAUUCAUUGUUUCAUUUUUCCAUUUAAACACACAGGAGUAAUGGUGAAUAAUAAUGAACACUUCAAUAAGCAAGUCAAUGAACUGCAGAAUCUACUUACUACUACAUCUGAACAACACCAAGGUCGUUUAUUACCUCGUCUUCCUUGGCUUUUGUUGACGCGAAAAAUUAGCCAAAAGUUGUCAAAAGAUGAGCCCAUUAACAUGCACAUGAUAUUGAAAGAUAUUUUAAUUCAAGAAAAGACUCUUGAUGAAGAUGACAUCUUAUCAUUUUUAUUUCGUAAAUUAUACGAACAACAGAAUAUCCAUUCUAUUCGAUGGUUUCAUUAUUGCCGCGAUUUUGCUAUAGAAUUGCCACACGAUAAGCAAGGUAUUCCUUCUGAUCAGCAACGUUUAGUAUUUGCUGAAAUGUAA